AUGAAAUCGCCAUUCCUGACUCCAAAAUCCUCCACUAUCCAUGAGGGCCCCUCCAACCCAGAUGAUUCCAAACCAGAGACUACUAGUACUUCUAAAUUCAAUAGCCAUCCUUUCAAGAAAUGGGUUGACAGCUUCCGGCUCAAGAGGCAGACUGCCGCGCGAACUCCCCUGAAGCACGUCGAAGGUUGGACAGAAGAACCACAACGGCGCGACAGUGAUGCCACCUUGGCAGAGUUCUCAAACAUUCCGGAUACUCAGGAUCAGCGGUGGGAACAGCUAUCGGGCCACUCAUCCGUUUUGGAAACAGUAAAGACGGCUAGCAUGAGCAUUACUACCCAAAGCCUCAUUACAAGAUCAAGGGCAACAACCCAAAGCAGCACCAACCAGAGUGGACAUCCUGCGAGCCCCAGGUCGAACUCUGAGGCUCGGACGUCGAUCGACAGUUUGAGGUUGGCUCCGAGUAAUACAUCUAUUGACGAUGCAGCCUGGACUCGAGGGAUCAAAAGACGCCAGAUCCUACACGAGAUCCUCUCCACGGAGUCAGAAUAUGUGACCGGUCUUAAGUCUCUUACAGAUAUCCUAUCGUCGUUCCUUCCAGCAAGACCGACAAUCUGCCAUACUCUGCAGAAGAUUCGAAGAAUCCACGAGAUCUUCUUAGAGCAACUUCGUAUUAUAUCACCUAAAUCAGAAGAGCCCGUGGACGGCGAGAUCUCCAAAUUGCCAGUUCGUACCUUGCAUGAGAAGUGGAGUAGUAUGGAUCUAGGGCACUUUCGACGGCCGCACAAUAGAUCUCUGCGGACACGCAAUCUGAAGGCUACUGUUGAUAUCAGGAUCAAGGCAGUAGCAGCGGAUCCCUUUGAAGCACGUAUCGUGGCUCGCGAGCUUGACAGACUUUCUCUCGGCUUCCCUUCCUACGAAGACUUCUGCGGUAAUUACGGAUUGCUCACUGAAGAUCUGGCUAUUAUCCGCCGGUCACAUCCUUCCUGGAGCAUCUAUGAUCGAGGCAUAGAAGCACUCUGUAAGGCAGUUGCUUCCAAGGAUGGCCAAAAACCAGAAGAGUGUAAAGCCAUGACAUUAAAUGAUUUACUGAUAAAGCCUAUUCAGCGCGUCUGCAAAUACCCUCUCCUGCUCUCGGAUCUUCUGAAAAAUACACCUACCGGAGACUGCCCCGAGGCUCAUGAGGAGAUCAGCCAGAUCUUGGAGCAGAUACGCAUGAAAGUAGCGUGUAUAAACGACGCCACCGGUAACCCUCUAGCUCAGGACCGCAUUCAGAAGACCGUUAGCUUGCAAGAGAAACUUGAAUUUCCGGACAAUUGUGUCCUCCAGGACGUGUACCGCCAAUUGGGCCCGUUGAUCCUUUGUGGCGUCCUUUAUGUCGCAUACGAGUCCACCGAAGGCAUCAUGGGAGAUUAUAUGGUCUGUGUACUAUUCCACGGAUACAUAGUCCUCUGCAGGCACUCCGAUGGUUCGCGCAAGUUACAGCUGGUCGCUUCUAUCUACGUUUUGGAUAUGAGGAUCGAUGUGUUGACCAACGGUAUAGGACUUCACUGUCAUACUUGCGGCUUUUCUUGGAAGGUGGUCUUCAAAUACCAGAGCACCAGCUUCGAACUCAUCUUGAGUGCAUCUAGUGCUGAAGAGGAGACGCAUUGGAAGAUGGAGCUUCUGAAGGCGUCCACUGUAUUACCCACAAACUUACCAUCUGAAUACUUGGAACCAAGGAAGUACUCCAUGAUGUCUCUCGCCUUGAAGCCAUUGUAUCUGGGGGGUGAUCAUUUGGCUCUUCUUACUCGCCGAUCUUCAGCACAGUCGUUGACGAGCCUUCGACCUAAGCAGAAACAUGUGAUCAUCAAGAAAACCAACUUUCCCUCCCAGCUUGAUGACAGCAACCCCGUCUACCCUGCUGAGCUUGGACGAUCGCUGACCUCGCUAACGAUACGUUCCGCAACGAUGCUCAAUCCACGUAGGCGCGAUCGAGUCCGGUUGGAACGCUUCAUUUCAGAUCUGUAUACACGUGACGUUCUUCCAUUCCCUGGGAUGAUCCUCAAGCGAGCUGACUAUCUACUGUUGGCAUCUCCUGGAUCUCUGAUGAGACGGCUGAGCUUUCACAUGCCCCUCAGUCGUCGUUCCAGCUCUCUGACCACGGUCACUAACCGAUCGGCCGACGCAGUCGUCGACAUCAAAGACGAGGGCGAAUGGACUGAGAAGGAUCCAGAGGAGAUCCUAACGGUGAUCGAAGCUCUAUCUACCAACGAAGGACACUCUCACAACUCAGCUGACGCCUCCGGGAACCUGGGUCGAUCCUCCACUAUCAGAUUCACAGGGCUGCGGAAGAGAGCUGCGGCUCCUACCGAUAUUCCGUCACGCAGCUCAAGUGGGAAGUCCAAUGGCGAAUUCAAGUACUCACCAAAGAGACGAUGGAAUCUGUCGUCUCCUUUCCUCAACGCGCUCUCUCCUAGUCGGGGCCGCGGAGCGAAGGAAUAG